AUGGCGGAGCUGCAGAUGCUGCUGGAGGUGGAGAUCCCUGCGGGGAGAACCGCCCUGCUGGACGGAUUCAACAACCUGCUGACGGUCGCUGAAUACUGCGAGAACAACUAUGUCCAGUCCACAGACAAGCAGCGAGCGCUGGAGGAGACCAAGAGCUACACAACCCAGUCUCUGGCCAGCGUGGCCUACCUCAUCAACACGCUGGCCAACAACGUGCUGCAGAUGCUGGACAUCCAGGCCUCACAGCUGCGCUGCAUGGAGAGCUCCGUCAACCACAUCUCACAGACCGUUGACGUCCACAAAGAGAAGGUGGCGCGGCGGGAGAUCGGCAUCUUGACCACCAACAAGAACACCUGCCGCGCGCAUAAGAUUGUCGCUCAGUCCAAUCCCGAGAGGCCGGUGCGCUACGUCAGGAAGCCAAUCGACUACGGCGUCCUGGACGACAUCGGACACGGAGUCAAGUGGUUGUUGAGGUUCAAGGUAAGGACACAGAACAUGAAAUUCGGAAGUCUGUCCCGGACCACCCCCCCCUCCCAGAAACCACCCAGUCCUCCAAGGACAGGCAGAGUCGUCUUUGGGAAGAGCUCCCCCUACAGGACCUUGGAGCCAGUGUGCCCCCCAGUGGUGCCCAACCAUUAUGUAUCCAGCCCCACCAGAAACAGUAUGGCCCCUGGGCAGAAUCCCAGUCCGGCUCGCACCGCCACCCUCAACCAUCGACCCCGAACCUUCAGUAGUGUGUCUGUGUGUGUGCGGUUGUGUAGUGGCAGCAGUGGCGGCAGUCACCUCAGCAGCAGCAGCCGAAGCAGCAGCAGAGAAAACAGUGGCAGCGGCUGGGGGGGCGUUCCCAUUGCCGUGCCGACGCCCUCCCCACCCUCCACCUUCCCAGGUAACACACACACACACACACACCUAUACACAGACACACACACAUCAUCUCCUCCUCCACCGCUCCUAACUCCUCCCCCUCCCCGACUCCGUCCGAUGGUCCCUCAGUUCUACAGCAUGAACCGACCUCAGCCACGACACCAGACUGCACAGGUGGGCGGGUCGCUGCCUUACCGCCGCCCCCCCUCUGUGACGGACCAGCCCAUCAUAACAGAGAACCAUGUCAACGGGGGUCCCUGCUACAACCCAAGCCCAGUUUCAGACGCCCCUCCGGCUCCGGCUGCUGAGAGCCAAUCAUGGCCUGAGGAGCUCCUGCCGAGUCCUCAGCCAAUGGAAGACGGACAUGAGGAGGACUCGGCAGUGGUGGAGUACAGCGACCCGUACACUGAAGAAGACCCUGCGUGGGCCCCAGGAAGCUACCUGGAGAAAGUGGUGGCCAUCUAUGACUACACAGCUGACAAGGAGGACGAGCUAUCGUUCCAGGAAGGAGGGAUCAUCUACGUGGUGAAGAAGAACGAGGACGGGUGGUUCGAAGGGGUGAUGAACGCCACCACCGGCCUCUUCCCCGGAAACUACGUGGAGUCCAUCAUGCACUACGCGGACUGAGGAGAGAGGAGAAGAGCGUCUGUCGUCCGGUUCAGUCCUGAAGAGAAUUAUCAUUUUUUGUUUUUCGGCUCCUUUUGAUCCACAAUCACAAGCAGAUGGAAGUUGUUGAGAAAAGUCAGAUGUGUCUCCAGCUGCUGUGGAGACGCUGAGUCCACGUCUCCAGAUGUUCGCACCGAUCUGACCUGCAGGAGUCGCGUUAGAACAAGAAGCAUCAACUUAAUGUUGUUAGAAGUUUUUAAAUUGAGUUUUAUUGUGAUCACAUCAAGUUCAUUCAGAGAUGGUGUCGCAUCUAAUUUAUUGCUUGAAAUCACAAAAUAGUUUUCUUUAAGCAGCUAUGUCUGUGCAAUCAGUUCAUAUCUAACGUAAGCAUUAGAAGCUGUUUAUUAGAAAUUCUGUUAAAAAAGUUCUGUCUCUUCUCCGCUUCUCUCACUUCUUUGCUUCUUCUGAGGUUAGCAUGCUAACCACAGAUUGAAACACUGAAACCCAACUUUUCUGUUUGGCUCAAAACACUUUGGAUUCCGGCUUCUGGCCUUUUCUUGUUUUGGGAGUAAUUGGACCAGUUUCCUGUUGAGCUGUAGCAGAGCUCGGGUCUCAUUCUGAAACGUACACGCAAAGGUUGGAUAUCCUGGUGUAAAGUGGGCGUGUGGAGGAUUCACAACAUGGCCACACGUUUCCAGGUGAACUGUGAUUUAUUAAGUUGUGUUCAGGUCAUUUCCGGCUUUUGUGCGCAUGUACACUUUUAGUAUGAAUCCCCCGCACUGUUUGAUAAAUGAGACUCCUGGAGUUUCUGCUGAAGCUUCUUCAUUUCAGGAUUUAUAAGUUGCUGCCACACGGAUACAUCACGCCAACGUGAAUAAAUAAUACAUAAUAUUAAGGUAAAUUUAAAUUAAUAAUUGAGAUAAAAAGCCAGAAUAGCGGCGGGAUUUUUUUAUAGGACCAGGAAGCUUGAAUAUGUACGACACAAACUUAUCGAUACCACAAAAAUAAAAACUGCCACAUAGAAUGAAAUCUGUGGUUAAGUUCUAUUCACAUCCACACUCUUUCUUCUCACAUGAGAAUUGACUACAUGCACACAAAAAGUUUUUGUUAUCGAUUUUAUUAUAUCUUUAAAUAGAGAAAUGUGUCUCAAACAGCUCAUGUACAAUAUAAACAAAUUGUAUCUUCAGCACUCACACCUGAACUGGAGUUUCCUGGAGGACGAGGCUGAGGUCACAUCCUCCUGUUGGAGCUCAUCUUCCGGUCCUGCUUCUGACCUGGGACAUUAUGUGGUUGGAUUUCUUGAUCAGGGCCAGCUGAGCUUUUCCAUCUUUAACCUGAGUCCUCAAAAAACGCAACUCUGUGUGCAGCUCGUUGAUUUCUUUAAUCAUAGACACGUUCUCCUUGUUUAUCCUGGUGUAGAUUUUCUGAUGUUCCUCAGCAGAUUUAGCCAGCUUCAUCUUGAGACUGUUGAUGGUCCUCUCGAGGCAAUCCCGCUGUCGAUAUACGGCCCUGUGAGCAUCUCUGUCUACGUUGCUUAUCUCCUGCCGUUCAGUGUGCGAUACGUAGCGGGCGUAGAUCCUCAGCAGGCUGUCCUUCAGUUUCUUCGGCUCUUGGAUGAGGUCGACACAGUUAUGGAGGUCUGACUUGAGCCGCUGAAGGUGUGUCUCCAGAUUUCUAAUUUUCUGAAUCUCAUUGUGCAGCUCUGUCCCUUCUGCUUUUAGCUUGAGCCUCAGGUCGGCCGUGAUCAGUGUCAGAUUGUUGUAGUUGUUGCCCGUUUGCCUCAGCUUCUCCUGCAGCUGUCCGAUACUCUCCCUUUUCUCCCUGAUCUCGUCUUGUUGAGGCUCGAACUGCUUCUUCAACUCGCUAAACUUCAACUCAUGAAUAAACCUCAAACCCUCCAGUUCUUGGUUCUUCUGAUUCAAGCCUAAGAUCGUGCUGUCCUUUUCCUGGCUGGUCUUUUCGUACUGCUCCUUCAGGUCCUCGAUCUCACUCUGCUGUGAGCGGGACAAUCCCAUCAGCUGCUGCUUCUCCUGCUUCAACAGGAACAUCUCUGUGCUCGUCUCAUCAAAAUGCUUCUGAAAUGUUGAGAACCUUCGAGUCAUGAUGGUCAUUUCCGCCUUCAGUUUUAUGUUUGUCUCUUUUUCUGUUUGCAGCUUCUUCUCAGUCCUGAGUUUGAUCUCGUGGAUCUUCUUCACCUCGUCUUCCUCUGCAUGCUUCAUGAUCUCUUUAAAGUCAUGGGUCUGCUGCUCUGCCUCCUCCAGACACCGAUCCAGCUGCUGAGUCUUCUCCUGCAGCUUGGCCUCGCUGGCCUGAAUCAGCUUCUCCAGGGUUUGAAUUUUGUCGUCUGUGGACUCGAGCUGCAUCUCGUCUUCAUCCUGCAUCUCGUCUUCAUCCUGCACUCCCUGACACUGACGCUGAGCCGUGCACACGUUCUGAGCGUCAGUCGUUUCAGCAGCAGGCGACGGUUUCUGUGCCCGAGGAAGCUGCUCAGUGUCGUCUCUCAGGUUAUCCGACUCUCUUCUCUUCCCCAGAGGCCGGGUCUGCAUCUUCUUAAUCUCGGCUGAAAGAAACUUAUUCUGGUGUGAUAGAAAGGUCUUGUCUUCAGUCUCAGUCUCCAGCCUGGUCGUGAGCUCUCGGACCUUCUUAUCCUGACAGGCGAGAGCUUUUUUCAUUUGCCGGAGCUCAGCUUUCAACGCCUUCAUGUUACCAUUAGGCCAAUUUGUCUUCGUGAUCACCAUGGUGGAUCACUAUCACUACCGGUCUGUGUUUCUGAGAACUGCUGAGCUGCUGAAUCUCCUGUUUGUUUUCAUGGAGCUGGAAACUCAAGUCCAGGUGAACCUCGAACCUUCGAUCAUUUUGAAACUCGUUGAGGUGACUUUGAUUUGGAGACGUCUUUGAUGGAGCCUUUGAUUUCUCACUUUGUGAUUGGUUCCCUUUGAUCUGCUGAGCAGGGGACAACCCCUUCCGGAGCGACUCAGGUUUAAGUGCCUUGCUCAGUGGCAAAAUGACAACAGCCAUAGGGAUUGAACUUACUUCUAUUCCAUUUGGAAACCCAGAUCCCUAGACCACCACCUGGCUAACCUUUAACUUCCUGUUACAUCACAGGUCAAACAGAAAAUGAUAUGAAUUUAUGUUUCUUCUCUUGAAAUAAAUUAUAAGGCCCCGAAAACUUGCAGGAGCCAGAACAUACACAGUGUACAGCUGUAAAUGUCCAUUCAAACAUAAAGAGAUUCAUCCUAUAUUCUCAUUAAAUGUUUAGAAAGUUAAGAACACACUGAUGUGAUGCCCCUCCUUGAAAACAAACAGAAAUCAGAGUUAAUGGAUGAACGUGUGGCAAAGUGCAGUACUGCAGCUGAAGAGAACCAAGUGUCUGGGUGGAUGCUGAUUGGUCGUCAGCUCUGCAGAACAGAAACUUCUUGAGCUUCGUGUUGGAUUGUUUUUAUAAAUGAAGUUUUUUCUUUUGUCCAAGAUGUCAAAUUUAUUGUGUGAAUGAAACCAAAGUAAAAAUAUCAAUAGCAGUUCAGUCAGAAUGUUUUUCCUUUCGUGAUGAAACUCAAACAUUAACACAUCAGUUGAAGGUGACUCACAUCCCACUGCCUCCCUCAGUGACCUAUUGAUUAAUAACUAACAUUUAUUUAAACACAGUCGAGCCUUUUUAUUUUCCUGCCUCAGCGUGUCGUGAAGUGCAGCUCAACCCCCCCCCCCCGGUGGACAUGUCGGACCUGAUGCCAGUGCUGAGGUUUACAGUGUUUGCCUGCAUGAUGAUAUUUAACUGACUUUUCAUCCUCUGCAUUUAUUCUUUUUAUACUUUGACCAAGAUGCUUUAAUGUUUGAAGUGGAGGUGUUGAGGAUUGUGGUUGUUGUGGCCAUUUAAGAUAGGAGAUAUUUUUGUGCCAUAAUUGUGUGUGCGCGUGUGUGUGUCUGUGAGAACCUGACCCAAAUCUUCCCUUGUGGACUCUUGUUGACUGAGGUGAACAUGGUCUUUGCUUUGUGUGAACUUUCCCUUUAACCGAUGUGGACUCGUGUUGGUUUGGAGGUUGAAUCUCACCAGGACCAGAAAUAAUGAGUUUCAUCCUGAAAAACUGUUUUACUUCAGUUGUCAAACACCAACAUUUAUUUGUUUUCAGGGUGAAUGUGAGUUUAAAAAAGUACUUACAAUUACUUCGUAGAAGAAAGAAAAACUCGAGGAAAUGUGAAAAGACAGUUUCUCCUUCAGUUAUGUUAACGCUAUCUGCUGUUUAUGAUAUUACGUAAAAUGUAAGUAUUUAAUGAUUGAAAGAAGUGAUGUUCAACUGGAGUUUUGUUUAGUGUUUGUACAUAAACAUGUUUGUAUCUCAGUCGAGCUCAGAUCUCCAUCAACAGUUCAUUAAAGCAACAUCGUGUCCUGGUACAGAA